AUGUCGCAUGAGCCACUGCGUCAUGAUACUAGGCCACUGAAUCCCUCGGAGAGCCCGGAAUAUAUCGUGGAGAGAAACAGCCGACGAGCUUCUGAUGCAAGCCGCGGGGGAACUCAGUACAUUUCCCAGAGGCGGUCCUCAAACCGGGAUGAAUUUGAUGGCCCCCAUCAAAUCCUGGAUGCGCCUUCUUCUCGGAACUUCCCAGCCCGGGAAGAGGAGCUGCCCCAGCUCCCUACUAAUCUCGAUGCCGCAGAACAAGACAGGAUCUUGCACGAGGUCAACGACCGCCUAUCGCAGUGUGCGUUCGACUUUUUUGCGAGAUACCAGUUCCCUAUUCCUAUUGAACAAGAUAAAAGGCGGGUUCAGGUUCCCUCAGACCGUGAGUGGAAUGAAUGGGUCCACCUUCUGAAAAGACUGGCAACUCGCCGGCGCAUCCCGCGUCACGCCCUACACAAUGGCCAGAUCAAACAGCUCAUUACCGUGCUGGAAAAUUCCCUGGAAAUGCGCCACGCUGCUAAGCACAGCUCUCGACCCGUCAAGGAUGACCGUAAUGUGCUACAGCUCAUCUCUGCUGGCACGCAGGUUGCCAAGAUUCUCAAGGAUUCUAGCGCAAUGCAGUUCUUCGACUGUCUUUAUGUUGACACGGAGAAGCUGAUCAGCGAACGCCGCCGUCGGGUGAGAUUCGCAGACCACUGA